CAAAAUGUUCCUUUGCAUGGCUUCUGUUUUGUCUGCACCCGUAGCUUUUCUUCUCUCGUUAAUUCGGAGAUUAUCAACAACAAGAAUAAAUCAAGUCCGACGUGACUUAGAAGUGAAUCAACGGCGAUCUGCUCGUUAUCAUCCUACCAUCUGGGAAACCAAACACAUCCAAUCUCUUGAUACUCCAUACACCUACGAGUUACAUGCCGACCGACUAGAGGAGUUGAAGAAAAUUAUUAAGGCGUUAGUACUAAAGGCCACAAAAGACCAUUUUCUUCUCCUGAAGCUUGUUGAUUCGAUGCAGAGGUUGGGACUGGCAUAUCACUUCGAAGAUGAGAUUAGAGAGGCUGUUUCUAGGAUUCAUCAAGACAAAAAUAGAAGUAAUGAUCUCUACAUGACAGCUUUGAGAUUUCGUGUUCUAAGAGAACAUGGGUUAUCAGUUAGCUCAGACAUAUUUGACAGAUUCAGAGGUCAUGAUGGGAGAUUCUUGAAGAGCUUAAUCAGCGACGUGGUGGGACUUUUGAGUUUGUACGAGGCCUCAUACCUUGGAAUGCCAGGAGAAAAUGUUCUGGAGGAAGCCAAGAGUUUCACCAAAAAGAAGCUGACAAAUUCUUUAACUGGGGGAAUGGAUAGUUAUUUAGCUAAGCAAGUUCAACAGUCAUUAGAAAUUCCUCUGUAUUGGAGGGUGCCGCGAGUUGAAUCUCGAAACUUCAUCGAUCUCUACGAGCUCGACCCCGCAAAGAGUCCGGCUCUCCUUGAGUUAGCAAAGUUAGACUACAAUCUAGUGCAAUCUGUGCAUCAGAAAGAGCUCAAGGAGCUAGCAAGUUGGUGGAGAGACUUGGGUUUCAAAGAAAAUCUCGAGUUUGCAAGAGAUCGGUUGAUGGAAAAUUAUUUGUGGACCAUGGGGAACAUGUUUGAACCUCACUUGUCCAAAUGCAGGAUAGGAGUUACGAAAUUCGUUUGCAUACUGACAGCAAUUGAUGACAUCUACGACGUGUAUGGGUCCCUAGAUGAGCUGGAGUGCUUCACAAAUGCAGUAAAGAAAUGGGACAUAGAGGCAAUAAAGGAUGUUCCACUUUACAUGAAAAUAUGCUAUCUUGCCAUGCUUAAGUUUGGCAACGAUGUGAUCUAUGACGUCCUUAAAACUCAUGGCUUGGAUGUUUCCCCCUAUAUCAAGGAAGAGUGGUAUAAUCUUUGUAGAUCAUAUCUUGUGGAAGCAAGGUGGUUUUACGGUGGAUAUACACCAACUGUUAAGGAAUACUUCGAAAAUGCAUGCAUUUCGGUCGGUGGACGUGCGGGGAUCGUCCACGCUUGUAUCUUACUCCUAGAUCAGUUCUCCAUAUCGAAAAGCUCACUUGAUUGCGUUAUAAACCAUGGCUCUAAUUUGAUUUAUUGGUCAUCCCUUAUAACUAGACUUAGUGAUGAUUUAGGCACUUCAAAGGAUGAGAGCAAAAGAGGCGACGUGGCGAAAGCCGUGCAGUGCUAUAUGGUGGAGAAAAACAUAUCUGAAGAAGAAGCAAUAAAUCAAAUAAAUGAAUUGACAAGCUAUUCAUGGAAAAUGAUGAACAAGGAGAUAAGCUCUAAGAACAAUAUUUCUCUGCCAAAUUGCUUGGUGAGGAUAUGUUUGAACAUGGCAAGGACUGCUCAGUACAUAUUCCAGCAUGGAGAUGGGAUUGGUACUUCAGUCGGCGUCACCAGAGAUCAUUUAGUAUCGUUGAUUGUCAAACCUGUCACUUUUCAGACCAGCUUUGUCAAAGGAAAUUGAUCAAAUGACAAAGCCCUUUUGAUCUGGUGAUUAACGACAGCCUUGUUUAGUCCUUGAUUGAUGG